AUGGAUAAAAUACGAUCCAGCAGACUGACGUUUAAAGGGGACAACAAGAGUCAACAUAAAAAGUCCAAAAAACGUCAUAUUGAUCAGGAUGGAAAUGAAAUCCAUAAAAGUGGAUUUACUAAACGAACCAAGGCUGUUGAUGAGCCUUUGGAAGGAUGGGUACACUGCAAGACCCUAGAAGAUGUGAUGGGUCCAGUCAUUAUAGCAACAUCUGCUAUGGAUCCACCAUCGUUACUUUACAAAAAUCAAAAAGGAUCAAACCUGUCUAUUGCUCAUCUUCCACCGCAUAAUCAAAGUAAAGACGAUCCUGAUCAACCCUUGCCAACUGUCACCUUGUCCACAAUCGAACCAGUAUCUGCUAUUCAAGUAUUCAUUGCCAAUUGUUUACCAGGAUCUACCAAAACAACAUUCAAAUCUGCUCAAGACACGUAUCUUGCCAGUGACAAGUAUGGUGUGGUGACGUGUGAUAUGGAAGCAGCCGGUCCUGCUGAAGAAUGGGAACUUGUUGUGAGGGAAGAUGGAUUUGCUUUUCAAAAUAUGCAUGGACUGUUUUUAACUGCAGUAGCAGAAGACGCGAGCGUAAGAGCUGAUGCUGAUUCCAUUGGAUUCAAACAGGUAUUUACAUUGAAAUGUCAGGCUGCAGUAAAACAUGCUGCUGCAAAAAAAGCAAAAAUGGCUGCAUCACCAUGGGCUGCAGCUGUUGCUGGAUCUUCCAGUCAUACUGUCUCGGUUGGAUCAGGUGGAAUCGCUUCAUUAGAACUACAACAGCUUCGCAGAUAUCAGAGUUAUGGAGAACGUCAUGUUGGUUUAUUAGAUCAGGAUAAAAAGGCACUGAUCAAUGCCAGCAAGCAGGGUACCAUAAAUGAAGAACUUCUUAAUCGUAGAUCCAAAGUCAAGAGUGACAAGUUUUGCAAAUGAUACUUUUCUAAUUUAGAACUGCUCAAUGAGCGUCAAGUUAAUAAACACUCGACGUU